AUGGCCUCCAUCUCCGAGGAGUACGCCGAGCAGGAGGUGUAUACCGAACAAGUAUACCACCACAUCUUUCAGAGUGUGGAUGUGGGCCAGGAUGGCUAUGUCGACGAGAGCGAUCUUGCCCAGGCCUUGUCCAACCACGGCUUGGCCGACUCACAGGAUUCGGCCCUGGUGAAAGCUCGCGAGCUCAUGCCAACCUACGAUCAAGACCGCGACGGACGCUGGUCCGAGAGUGAAUUUCGGGCCAGCAUCCAGCACGCUGACAUGAAUGCGCUGAUGCGCAAGGCCGGUGGCAGCCAGUCGGACAGCAGUGGACGCGAGGUCAUUUUUCGCAAGCAUUUGGUCCGCGAGUACGACGAUGCUGCCGACGAGCACCACGCCCGGGAGCUAGAGAAUCUGCGCAACGAACUGAUUGAACACGAGGAGCAGAUGCUGGAGCAGAUGAAAGCGCACUAUGAGCGCCUGUUGGCCCAGCUUCACACCGAGCUGGAGCGAGUCGACGGCGAACGCCGCGACGCAGAACAGCGCGCCAGCACCGAAGAUGUUGCCACUACCAAAGCCCGCUACACACGCCUCAUGGAGGAACUUGAGGCUGAAUUGGAUGAGGAGCGGAGUGCUCGACACCGGGCCGAGCGCGAGGUCCGUGAUCAAAAGCUCGAGUUUCAUGCCUACCAGCAAACCAUGGAGGAGCGUCUUUUCACGGCUCAGCGCGAUCGUCGCAGCCAGAGCGCCGAUGAAGAGGACGACGGCCUUGAAGAGGUGUAUCGCAAGCGCAUCCAAAGUCUCGAGCGUCAGCUGGCGGAAACCCGCGAGCUUCUGCACGAGAGCGCCGCCAACCAAAAUCAGCCCUUGCCGGUGCAGUCCAGUCGGGCUCCCGAGUACACCGUCGUCACAAAAAAUGUCACCGUCGAGGUUGAAGACGUCGAGGUGGAGGAUGACGGCGCCGCCGACAACCACAUGGAGCUGUCGGCCUUGCGCGAGGAAGUGGAACAUCUGACGCACUCGCUGGAAUCACAGCGUCGAGCACAAACGGUCAUGCAAACCAGUCACGCCGAGGAAGUGCGCGAGCUUCGUGAGAGACUGGCUUCCCAGAACGCGCUCAACAACUCGGUCUUCUCGCGCCAGGAGGUCGAGGACGCGCAAGAGCGAGAAAUGACUCGCCUGCGCUCCGAUUAUGAGCAACUGGAACGAGAGGCGGCAACAUUGCGUAUCGAAGUCAAACGCCUCAAGGCUCAACACAACAGCCAGACCUCAACAGAACAGCGCGAGAAGAGUCGGUUCGAGGAACACACGGCCGAGUUGGAACAAAACUACAAUUCAGCACUGGAUGACAUUCGCCGCCUGAGCCAGCGCCUCCGUGAUAGCGAAGUCGCCCUCCGCGAGCUGCAAGAUGAACGCACUCGCGAGCAGGAGGAAGCGCAACAGCAGCGCGAUCGAGAUGCUGCUGUUCAGCGCGAGGAUGUCAACCGUGCGCAUCGCUUGCAACAAGAACUGGAUGCUGCGAGAGCUGAGAAUGAGCGCCUGCAGCAGCUCUUCAAUGAGGCACAACAACGCCAGCAGCAAGGCGACUUGGCCAACGACGAACUCCGCACCAAAAGCGAACGUUUGCAGCGCCAACUGGAUGAGGCCCAACGUAAUCAACGGCCACAAUCGAGCGAGUUGCCCUCGGACGCGCCGACGCACGAAGUGAAGAUUCACGUCACUCAUGAGCAAGAAGGCAAGAAGCGCGAGCCACCUCGUGGUGCGAGCUAUUCGCCGCUGAAAGAUCGCACACAGCUCGAGACUGACCCAAGCACUCUACGCGAGGCGCAAGACAUGUUGGCGGAUGAACGCGUGCAAAACGCGCAGCUGAAACAAGACCUCGAAAUGUUGCGGCGUUCGCGGGAGCGCCUCGAUGACGAGGAUCAGCAGCUGCUUGAGCGCUAUCAAGACUUGAGUGAUGAGCUAUCUCGCACGCAGGUGCAGCUUCAGCGCCUGCGCCACCGCUACGAGGAAGAGCAGUCGCAGGUCUACGUCCUGGAAGACAAGCUAAAUCUACAGCGCAAGGUUGAACUGGAGCAGCGCGAGCGCAUCAUCGAGCUCGAGGCCCAGCUUCGUGAUCGCCCCAACCGCGCCACCUAUAUUUUUGGUAGCGAGCGUGAGCCCGGUACCCUGACUGCACAGGAGGUGGCCUCGCUAUUGCGCGACAUGCGUGAUGGUGUACGCAUGCCCCACGAUGAAGGGCACCGUCACUCCCGUCACUCCCGCCAUUCAUCGCACCACAGCUCUGGACAGUCGUCACGGCACGCAUCGCCCCGGGCGCGGCACCGCAGCCCAAGUGCAGAACGAGGACGCUCGGCACACCGAGAUAUCGAAGUACAGCGUUGGUCCGAGUCCAGGGCUAACAACAGCCAUUCUCGCCAUCGGGACCAAAGCCCCAUGUCAGACUCGGGGAGUGAUGCCAGCCGCCGUAGCCGCCACAGUGGGGGCCACUCGCGGCGACACUUUGAAGAGCGCUGGGAGAUCCGCGAGCAAGACAAUGGUGGUCACUCAACUGCGCUGCUGCGAGCCGAGCCACAAUAUGAUCAAAGCUAUGACUCGGGCGGCCGCUCCCCCAGCAAGUUUCACAUUGUGGCGCGCCACGUGUCCUCGGAAAAUCAGCAGAUGCAGGCCCAAGAUUCGCCCCGCGCACCCACGCCGGUGCUGACCAGGCUGCCACACAGUGCCACGCUGCGGGGUGGUGCCGUCAUGAUGCCCAGUUCAGUGUCGGUGGGCAGCAAAUUGCAAGUGGCUCAAUGCAGCAGUAGCAGCAGCAAUAACAACCGCAUUCAAUACGUUUCGCCCGUCGACCUGAAUGCGAACAACAUGACCUCCUUUGUUCGAGAGGAGCAUGAGGAGAGCCACACGGAGGGUGGCAGGGGAAGCGGACGAAUGCGUUAUGAGCUGGCCAGCGGUCCGGAUUACGUAUGUCGCUCGACCCCAGCCUCUGGAAAUCAAAUUUCAACCCAUCGCACGGCCACCGUGCAGCGCACCUGGCAAGCCAGCUAG